GUUUUCAUAUUGAACCAGAUAGGUAAACCAGCAAAACAUAAAACUGUCAAAAUGCGUUACAUUUGCUUACGUGUGAUUAGUGCUUCUAAUUGAGAGGUCGAACAAUGUAAUACAUGUCUCUUUAAGCUUAAAAGAUAUCGUGCCUUAUUUGCUACCGAUAAAUUUCGAACUUCUGUAUCAUGAAAUGUAAACAAAUAUUCUUAAUUUAAGCUUCAGGUAAACUGCUAAAUUUCUUAGAGCAAUGGAUAACAGUGGAGGAUCUGAAUCAAUUGGUGGUCGGCGAAAAAGCAUUGUAUGGACUAGAGAAAAAAUUAAUCAAUUAAUUGAAUUAUAUCAACAACAUGAGUGUUUAUGGAACCCAUACACUGAAGCCUAUAAGAAUAAAGACAAAAGAACUAAAGCUAUAAGCAAUAUCUGCACAAAUUUGCACAUAACAAAAAUGGAUUUUGGAAAGAAAAUACACAAUUUACGCAACCAAUUCAACUCUGAAAUGAAAAAACUUGAACGAAGGGUAGAGGAAACAGGUGACGAUUUGGAGUCAGUCAGGGAGAGUUGUCGGUGGAAACAUUUUCAAGCAUUAAAAUUUCUUCAAAAUGUAAUAGAGCCACGUCCAGGUGGAUAUCAGUCUAAAAUGCGCAAAAUAAACUGUCAUAUAAAAUACGACACUACGAGCGAUGAAGAUGCCGAAAAUUUCGGAUCCUUGAAAACAAAAUUUCAAACGGUCAAAAAUAAAGAAAUAGAGUAUCAAUUUGAUGAUACAACUCUUGCUGACUCAUCUGUAUGCAUUUUAGAUAAUGCAGUCGUUUCAAAUCAUGUAACUAUAGAUGAUACCAGAAAUUUGAAUGAACAGAGUAACGUAAAGCCGACAACAACGACGGUAAGUGGAGGAGCGGACGACAAUAUUUUGCAUACAACCAAUGAGCGGCUGGAAAAUGUCAAUUAUCCAAGCACAAUAAAUGUUAGUAAAAACUUCAAUCAAAAUUCGACGUUGUGCUCGAAAUCUCUAAAUCAAGAUAUAAUUAUUGAAGAAUCACAUCGCGAAACAUGUCUAAAUUGUUCAUGUCAGAAAUCAAAACAGGAUUACUACGAGCAAAGCUCUGGAGAUGUACGAAAAAAGAGUUUGGAUGACAAUUGUGUUUUUAUUAAAUCGCGAGAUCAGUGGGAUGCCUUUGGUGAAUUAAUCGCUACCGAAUUCCGCCAUCUCAAUUCAGAUACUUCGCGAAAGAAGUUGAAACGAAAAAUUAUGCAGGCUAUGGUGGAAGUCGGAGAAGAAGAUGACUCUUCAACACUUUAAGCUAUCGCUGCUAAAACUCUCAUACUGAUUUUGUAAUUCACUUGUCUUUAAUUUUAACGUUAAUAUUCUUAAGGUAUCUUGUUAAAUGCUCAGAUUUUCUAAUUACAUUUGAACUUAUCUUCAAAUAAAAUCAUUUAAUUACUAUAUUAAAUUUA